GUCUCUUAUUCUGACGGCACCCAUUUACUGCAGAUGAUCCAAUAGUGAGCAAGUGAUGUAAUGUUACAUUUUUGAAGAAAGAAACACAUUUACAUCUCAGAUGGCCUGAGUAUAAGUAUAUUAUAAGCACAUUUCUGGGUAAACUUUUCAUUUAAGUGCCAUGAGACAAAAAAAAUUAAAACCAAAUUCUCUGACUGACAGAAGCGUGUCAUCUAAAACAGGCACAGUAAAUGUCACAGUCCAGCUCAGAGGUGCAGCAAGAUGUAGAAGUCAAUUACAUGCAUGAGCUCUUCAGAUGUGGAGAGCGACAUAUUCAGGCUUCCCAUUAUCAUGUCAGCGUGCAGCUCCAGACGCUCAUGGAUGGUUUUGUACCUUGCUCUGCUGGUAACACUGGUGUCCCAGAGUGAAGGAGGUUGUCAGGAUACGGGACUGUGUUGCAUUGGACAAAACCAGUCAUGUAUUACUGAAGACUGGAGGAAAGAUCGCUCCUAUGGGGAAUGUUACUGCGACCAGGCAUGCAAGACCACAUUGGACUGUUGUCACGACUAUGACCUUGCCUGUCCAGCCAUAUCCUGUGUAGUGAGUGAAUGGAGCGUGUGGUCUGGCUGUCUGGAGCCGUGUAAACCCACACUGCGCACCAGGCAGAGACAGGUGAUUCGGGAAGCACAUAAUGGAGGCGAACCCUGUCCCUCUCUAUAUCAGACUGCAGGCUGCGCAGAGUACCACGACCAGCAUGGCCCCUGUCUGCAGUCACUAGUCCCAGCUCUCAUCACCACAGGUGGCUAUGGGAAUGCAAGGAAAAAGAGGGAGAUUUUGGACAACAAUAUCACAAGUUACUGUGUGGAGUUCAGACUCACGUCCCUGACUGUGGGUUGUCAACACAGUUUCAGUCCACACACUCGCUGGAUGCGCUAUCUGAAAGAGGGACAUCAGGUGUGUGUGGAGUGCCAGCCACCAGCACUGGCCCAGGGCCAACGUUUCUGCUCCGGGGACGGGGAGAACAUGGGACAGGAUGGGAGCUUGUCUCUGCAGUGGCAGGCCGUGGGGAAUUCUCGCUGCAGAGGGCUGUGGAGACGGGUCCGUCGACGAGACUCCUGUUCCUGUCCUACUGUACACAGUUUUCUCUUCAUCUAACUCGCACACUUCAGUCAGCCUAAACGGGGUCAUGAAAUUUCACACUUUUAAAGAAGUGACAGUUGAAUGUGCAGAGACUAUAUUGGUAGCUCAAACCAGCUCUAGGCUUGUAUGCCAAAUGAUACAGUUGAUAUCUCAUUACAGUAUGUUAUCAAGAAAAGAUUCAAUAUUAGUCACAGUUAAUUCCACUUAUACAUAAAAGACUGAUGCUAAUGGCCAUCAUAUUACAAUUAAAGGAACAGUUCACCCAAAAAUGACAAUUUGCUGAGAAUUCCCUCACCCUCAGGCCACCUAUAAUGUAGAUGGGUUUGUUUCUCUAUCAGAUUUGGAGAAAUUUAGCUUUGCAUCAUUUGCUCGUGUAUGUAACCUCCUCAUCAGUGAAUGGGUGCCGUUGGAAUGAGAGUCCAAACAGCUAAUAAAAACAUCACAUCAAGAAAUCCACGUGACUCUAGUCCAUCAGUUAACUUCUUGUGAACAUGUUGGUGGAUUUUAAUGUCGAAGGACAACAGAGGAUGGACUUUUUCAAUGGAGGAAGUGUUAUUAUGAACUGAGAAUAUUAAUAGACUGGUAUUUUGGCCAGAAGCAAUGGUUUACAGUUAAAACUCCUUAAUUAUUAGUUUCUAACACAGAUUUUCACUUCACACAAUAUUAAUUUAUGCACUGGAGUCCGUGUGGAUUACUUGUAGAUUAUUGUGAUGUUUUUAUCAGAUGUUUGGACAUUCUGACUGCACCCAUUUACUGCAGUUGAUUCUUUGGUGAGCAAGUCAUGCAAUGCUAAAUUUAGCCAAAUAUAUUUUUGGGUGAACUGUUCCUUUCAGUACCAAUAAUGAAUUUUAACCAGUAAUAUAUUAAAAGCACUAAAUACAAAUAUUAGAUUGCUUUUGUUAUUUUUAUUUAGAGCAAAUGACUUCUAAGUGUGAUUAAGGUUUUUACUUUUUUAGGAGUAUGUAGGGAUAUGCCAUUCAAAUUAAUGGGUGUAAACUCUAAUGACAACACAGAAUAAUAGGUAAAAUUUAUAAUCUGUAUCAUUUAUUUGAUUUCCAGCCAACCAAGGGGGGAGGGUAUGUUUCUUCAUACUGCAAAGAAAUCUAAAGAUUUCAGGACAUGUUGACACAUUUUUGGCUCUUUUUCCUAUACAAGACAAUUAAUUGGCUUUUUGUCACAUACAGAA